GCACCCGCUUUCACGCGGGACCAGUUGUGUCACAUUGGUUAAUGCAUGGCUAGUUCCUCCUACUCGUUACCACCGACCGUGUAGAAACCGGUGGGAGGAGUAUAAGGAAACCAGGCAGGGUCUCGUUCAUUGACGUGUAUGUUCGGUCUGCUGACAAGAAGAAUCGGCUGUGUUACCAGUAGUCUAGGUAUUAGAAACAUUAGAAAUAUCAAAACGAAAAUGUCUGACGAGUUGCCGAACGUUGUUUUCGUUUUGGGAGGACCUGGUGCUGGUAAAGGAACACAGUGUGCUAAAAUUGUUGAGAACUUCCAAUAUGUCCAUCUGUCUGCUGGUGAUCUGCUUCGUGAGGAGCGUAACACUCCUGGCUCUGCUUAUGGAGAGCUAAUUGAAAAUCACAUUCGCAAUGGAACUAUUGUUCCAGUUGAAAUAACCUGCAGCCUUUUGGCCACUGCAAUGGAAAAGAAUGGACAAAACAAAUUUCUGAUUGAUGGUUUCCCAAGAAACAAAGACAACUUAGAUGGUUGGCAGAAGGAAAUGGGGAGCAAAACAAAUGUGCAGUUUGUUUUGUUCUUCGACUGCUCCCAAGAAGCAUGCAUGAACCGUUGCCUCCAACGCGGUGCCGCCGGAAGUGGGCGCUCCGAUGACAACGAGGAAAGUCUGAAGAAGCGCUUUCAGACUUACGUCAAGGACACGAUGCCCAUCAUUGAGCACUACGAAGCUCUGGGUCUAGUCAGAAAAAUCGACGCUUCUCAGUCGCCCGACCAAGUAUUCGAAGAUGUGAAAAAGGCUUUCGAGUAGUUCAUUUCAAACG